AUGUCGAGCAAGCGGCCGGUCAGCCAGCACCGUUGCCGCGGUCUGGCACGGAUGGGAAGUGCCUCAGCAGCUUCUCGGCAGGGGUCGGACGAGCCAAAUGUGUGCACAAAGAAGGACCCCACAGGUCGUGAAUUAUCGAACUUGCGGGAUUCCGAGAAGGACCGAGUGGCACGAUUGGUGGCAACACUGGCACAGCAGAAGAAGAGAGCUGAGACGGAGCAAAGAGCUCGGGAGGUGGCGGAGUCGAGUGCCGAACGGGCGAUCGCAGAGGCAGCGAAGGCCAAAGAGACUCUGCGGAGGUCGUUGGAGCUGCUCAAUAAGUAUCAUCAGCGGGCUAAGGCCGACCUCGUUGAGCGAGCCCGUCUGAAAGCAUGUGUGGCGGUGCCGGGCUCAGUGGAAGAGGUGGCACAAGAGAGUGCUGCUAAGCGCAUUGCGCCUGGCUGUGAGGGACCACGAAUGAAUCUUGAGGCUGGAGACGAUCUCCUCCAUGACGAGACGCCUCCAUCGAGCAGAAGAACAUCGGGGGCUUCUGCUUGCUCUCAUACAGUGAAGAGGAGGUUUAGUGAUAUGCGUGCUCCUCGGACACUGUCGGAGGAUGCGGCGGGCGAAUCGUCCGAGGACGACGUGACGGUCGAAGGGAGGUCAUCGGUUCAUGGUGGCCAUCAGCAGAAUAGGGAGGGGCCGCUGAACAAGCAUCAGCGGUCCCUACUGAGGCGCUACUUACAGAUGAGUCGUGGCAACGAGGCGGCUGCUAUGAAGACUGGCGAAGAGCGUGAAUCGGAUAAGAUGUUGCGGGAGUUCCUGAGUAAGUCCAUUGAGGAGCGACGGCCGAAGCCUGAGCGCCCAAGUCCGCCUCCGAGGGCUCACGAACGUCCAGCACCUAUCACGAGGACUGACGAACUCGAGAACAGCAUUGCCCUGCGGUCCUCUAUCAGCAUCACGGCCGAUGAGGACGGCAAGCGAGUGUUGCGUCUUCGACCUCUGGAAAGCCUCUCUAGUGAACGGAGCUCAUCGAGGAGCCCUCUAGGUCCGCUGGUGGAUGCCCCCAGAUCACCCGAACGGUGUCAUCAACCGCGGUCGGCUCUGGCAUCAAGUAACAGGGACCCAGCUACAACACUUGUGGAUCUUGGACGUGCUGAACGAGACUCUUUGGACGUUUUCUUGAAGCUUAAUGGAUCUGGUGGAGAUCGCUUGCCGGAGGCGCCGAUUCCUAGGCCUGCUCAGUGGCAGUGUAGAGUGCCGCCGAUUGAUAGGGAGCAGCCUGAGGAGGUCACUGCUCAUCUUGCUGAGGUGGAUGAUGUACUCUCAGCACUAUCAUUCACUGAGUCACAUAGCAUGAUUCAUUCGAAGAUACCAUUGGACACUGAACGCAUUAGAUACGGACCGAUCUACCGAUGA